CUACCCAAGCCGCAUGACAUCCGAGAGAGGUUGACCCGAAUCCGCGGGAGUGCUCUUCGUGUACCUGAAAAAGCCGGGGGGCACAAGACAGCAACCAGAAACGGUGCAAGCUGCCAUCCAAGACUUACUUUUCCAUGAGCUGAGCCAUUUUCUGUUUGUGCUCAAGUGACGGUUCUUUUCUGUCUGCAAUACGGUCGGAAAAAACAAUGAGCGAUCGGCCUCUUCGUUUGACUUCAUUGCCAAUCGAGCAUACCCUCUUGUUCGGGAGAUGGGCUGCGCCUUUUAUCCUCGUCCCUGGGCUGUCGAUUUGGGCUUGGUGAACUGUUCUCAAGAAGUGCACAACAGACACAUUGCAAGAAUCCGUUUGAUCGUCUGUGUCUUUCGGCAGGAAGAAAAGUGUACCGGGACUUCUUGCGAGUCGACUGGAGGAUUUUUGCGGAGAGGGCAGACUUGUAGGAUGUCGGCCGUCUGCACGAAAUCGAUGGAAAUGACCGUAGAGCAUAGACAGCAAAGGGAGACAGAUAAGAAAACAGUUCAACCGCCCUCAAUAUACUUGAUUCUCUUCACCUGGCGUAGUCCUUCCCGCUCGCAAGUGCCUUGUUUCGUUCACGUUUCCGAAACUCUUCCAUCAACUCCUCGUUUGUCUGAAAGGCAGCAUGUCAGUUGCCAGGCCUAGUGGUGUGAAUAACUGGACGCGGUAUCCCUUCUACCGCCCUUUUAUACCUUUGGGCGGUCACGGUCCGAUCUCUCUCGGUCUUUUUCGUCCCAGUCGCGCCAGUCUCGUUUCGAUCCUCUGUCCCUGUCCCUACUGCGGCUCCUUUCUCUCUUCACUCGCCGAUAUUCCGGCUCUCCCGAACCACUGCGGCUGCGGGCAUGGUGGUCACGUCUGAUUUCACGCAAUGGUCGGACUUCUGUGCAUGUAGGGAGAACAAUGCAUUUGUCGAACCUUCGUCGAUCGCGUUCCACGUGUCUGCCGCGGCCAUCGUCAAACUCCUCCGAAGGGGACCUGAGCGGCAGGCGUGGGUAAUAUAUGCCUUUGUUUGUCCAAUACUGUUGCCACACCUUCGUCGUCGACUCGCGUCUUCGCGGCGACGCCUUUCCCCGUCUCUCUCUUUCCUCUUCUCGUGAUGGUCACUACAAGUUACAAAGUCAGCUUGAUGCAUUCUAUAAAAACAGAAAAGAAAUUCGAAGCUUGCCUCUCCUGCUUGCGCCGGUCCUGCCUGUCUUCUGACUUCGAUGCACUGCGUGACCGCGAGUACCGGACAUCGUACUUCCUGUCCUUGAGAUUCCCCCGCUCGUCGUUACGUCUCCCAUCGUCUUCUCUUGGUGCACUUUCAUCAAUUUCGGCAUCAGCAGGACCAUUGUCUCCCAAAGCGUCUUCCUCCUCGUCUCUACAAAACACGUUGGAGGGGACGACUCAUACUUGCAAAAUCUCCUGUUCGGACAGAAGGCCUUACGUUCGCAAGAUGACGAGCCCGAGAUCGAUUGUCUCCUCCGAACCAUCUUCCAGCGCAACUAGACAGGAUAGGCGGCCAGCAUUCUUGUCAAUCACCCUCACGACUGCCCCUUCCAGCCAGUCCCCGCUGCAAAAUAGCGCAGCCACAUUGCCUUUUCCCUUUUUUUUAAAAAGGGAGCAAAUUGCUGAUAUCUUCUCACUUGGAGCAGGCAUCCACCUUCGUUCCCGGCACAAAUUCUUCGAUUCUCUGCUUGUUGGACUUCUUCCGCUUCCGGUGCUCAUCCAUCGCGAUUAGCUGUCAAGAAACAAAACAUGAGAGGACGUCAUGCGAAAGGGCCUUAGUAGUAACAAUCGUCAAAAACCUGUGCGCCAUAUUGCGUCUUGAUCUUCACAGGCAGCCUCGGCAGGACUGCACCAACAACGAUUCCGAGACGUGAAAAGCGUCUCUGGUUGUACGUCUCCGUGUACCUGUGGAGCUGUGUGAGCCGUACUUGUCCUCGGUAAUCAGGCUCUCAACAAACUGCCCCAUCUCCCUGAGGCAGUUGAGAAGAAAGCGACCGUGGACCGAAGAAUUUGUUUCUUCGUAUUUUCCAGGUCCGUACAUCUUUUUGUUUUUGUCAGUGCCUGGAGCGAACUCUUCGUCGUCCAAGAAGUACGGCUCGUACCACUUCCACAGCUUCUGAGGAUCCAGAAUGUAUCGCAGGUACAAGAACCCACAAGCGCGGAUGUACGGCGAGUCUUGAUGAUCCAGAAGGCUCUUGACCUGUUGUUCACGAGACGCACCGUUGUAGAGUUCACGAGAAUCCCAGUGCUCACCUGUUUUUCCGUAAGCCGCAUCGUAAAGAACUUGUACAAACAGCAGAAGAGCGUGGAUGGCGCCCGAGAGUUGCCCGCACAGUAAGGGUCUGAGGCAAUGUAGGCGCCACAGAUGGCAUCAACGCACGGGAGAAAGACGUCAGUUGUUACCUGCGUGAUCUGCAUAUUGGUAGAUCUGAGACAUAUGGUAACGAAAGGAGAUGUGCAGAAACACGUGUCAUGUGUUCUCUGACCGGCCACUCACCUCGUCCACGACUUCAUGAAACUGCUUGAGAGCGAAUAGGCUCUUGUAGUACUCGGAACUGAGGAUGUUCUCGCGCAGCAGGGUGUUCAAAUUGAACGUGGUUGGAUUUGUCCUGACACAGCCGGAAUGAAACAACGAAAUGGCUGCUAGUAUGCACACGAAGUCGUUCGUGCGACGUACAUUUCAACCAUGUUUGGCUUUUCCAGCGAGUCGGACUGAGCCUCCUGCUGACGCUGCACCCUGCCAAGCUGGUGCUGAUGGUGCACAACAACCAAAGAAACUCGGUGCCUCUUUCCUCAUGUCAUGUAACCGCUUACCACAGCAGUUUUGUACUUUCGACAGAAUUUGCACGACAGCUGCGGCUUCGUGUGCAGAUGGCACCUCAGAAUCUCAGGCUCUUCCUGUAGGUAACCAGUCGAUUGCUGCGCACCCAUGGCACUGCCUGCACUUCCUAUACCCAUCGCGCCAACAGCAUCAACCAUGGGAGCGUAUGCCGCCCCCUGAGUCGCGACGGGAGCUGUCUCUUGCUGUGCUGGCGGAAGCUGGCUUGCCGUAGGGACGCUUGGGCCAGAGUUCUCGUUCGGAGCCGCGUCGUAUGGUGACUCACCCCAUGCAGCUGCGCAGCACAUAGUCAAUAGACAAAGGAUGACAAGAGUCUGCUAAAGCUCUUUCCUCACUUACCCGCGUUAUACACCCCAAAUGCUUGCUGCUGUGAAGACGUGACUGCAGGAGCGACACUAGCCUCCACAGGCUGCUGACCGCUUGCAGGAACAGGUUGGGCGCCGGUUGCAGCCUGUUGUUGCUGAAGCGGUGCUUGCAUCGACAUGUAUGCUUGUUGAAUGGGGAAGGGGUAAGGCCACGGCCACGGCAGCAUCUUUGCUAUUGCUUCACUCACAGGGUGUAGAUGUUUCAGCCUAGAAUGUGAAACAAGAAACCGCAUUCGGUGGAACGGCUGCGCGUUUGGCCACCAU